GUUGCAUAUCCUCGUCCUUUCGUUCGUCCUCAGUGCAGGAUAACGAAACAUCGUCUUGCAAAAGUAGAGCUAUUAGCGUUAUAUUUACACUCUAACAGCGCUGAGCUCUUUCCAAGCCAAGCUAUCUUUUAACUUAUCUAUUCGUGAGAGGGUGACCCGAAAGCACACGGAGCGAGGUAAGUCCUUAAUUUAUCAGGUUUGGUUAUGUAGCGAGCCCAGUAUGCCAGUACUGGGACUAACCUUGUAUGGCUACCCAGAAUCUUUGCUCCGGCCAAAUAUUAACGUUACGCUACGCCCACGGACGUUAGUUUCUUAACCGCAAUGAAGUAUUUAGUGAACUACUGUAUAGAGCAGCGGAAGAAUUCAGUUCAGUGGUCAGGCGAGGGCUAACCGGGGCUAAUGACUAGCUGGUCAGUGCUAUCUGGGAUCCUUCGGUGCGGUCCCAAGGAUCCCGAUUAGCACGGACCAUGCUUAACUCGCUAGUUAACUUAGCUAACAUGUGUCAUUAGGGAAGAUAUGACAUUGGUCAUGUAAGCGUAGUUACUAAAACGUCGAUAUAUUGAACGUUGUUGUCUUGAAUUGAUUUAUGACUAACGGUAUUUUCAGCUCUUGUGACUUAAUUUGGCCUGUCAGAUUAAACAGUAAUGUAACUAGUUUGUAAAAGACCUUUUAAAUGUAAAAUGUUUUUUUUGCCUUGAUUAAAAAUCCUGUAUGGACUGAAAGUAGCCAGGACAAACUCAUUUUCACGAUUUCACUAUCAUUAAAGUUAAUAAAUCAAUCAGCACGUUUUGGGGCUCAUUCGGUAGUUUUUACAUGAUUUUAAAGCUGCAAUAUGUAACUUUUUAGGCGGCCAGACCAAAUUCACAUAGAGAUGUGAGUUAUAGAUAUAACAUUCUCAUUUAAAGUCGGUAAGUAUGUUCUAUGAGCGCUAAUUCUAUGCUUUUCGUUAAAUUUCGUUUUUGCGUCUUACGUUUUCUACACCAGCUGAAAAGACAAUAUUUUUGUUUAUGGAAAAUAUAUUUCACAGCCGUUUACAUUCUGAUGCAGUGCUUGUUUUGUCACAAACUGAAAUUAGGUGAACUAUUACAACUUUAGCAACCAGGUGCAUAUUGCGCCUUUAAGUAGAAUCAUGUUGAACAUUUUUCUUAGUACCAUUUUAUAUUCCUAAAACAUAAGUUGAAAAUGAUACUGUUGGUGCGUCCUGUUGUCCUGUGUUUAAAAAUAAUAAUAAUUAUAGCAGGGUAUCAAAACGUCGGUUUUAAAUGUCAAUUCAUAAUCAAUAUGUUAAUUACUCCCUAUACACAAUGUCAUACUUGUGUUCAGAUUACUUGUAUUUUGCAAAAUUAGUACCUUAAAAUAGGGAUCAUCAACUAGGUGUGUGUAUAUAUAUAUAUAUAUAUAUAUCACUUUUUUUUGUGUGUGUAUAUAUGUGGACACCCCUUCAAAUUAGUGGAUUCGGCUAUUUCAGCCACACCCGUUGCUGACAGGUGUAUAAAAUCGAGCACACAGCCAUGCAAUCUCCAUAGACCAACAUUGGCAGUAGAAUGGCCCGUACUGAAGAGCUCAGUGACUUUCAACAUGUCACCAUCAUAGGAUGCCACCUUUCCAACAAGUCAGUUCGUCAAAUUUCUGCCCUGCUAGAGCUGCCCUGGUCAACUGUAAAUGCUGUUAUUGUGAAGUGGAAACGUCUAGGAGCAACAACGGCUCAGCCGCGACGUGGUCGGCCACACAAGCUCACAGAACAGGACCGCCGUGGCACGUAAAAAUCGUCUGUCCUCGGUUGCAACACUCGCUACCCAAGUUCCAAAAUGCCUCUGGAAGCAACGUCAGUACAAGAACUGUUCGUCGGGAGCUUCAUGAAACUUAGUUCCCAUGAAGGGAAAUCUUAACGCUACAGCAUACAAUGACUUUCUAGAUGAUUCUGUGCUUCCUACUUUGGCAGCAAUUUGGGGAAGGCCCUUUCCUGUUUCAGCAUGACAAUGCCCCCGUGCACCGAGCGAGGUCCAUACAUAAAUGAUUUGUCGAUCUUUCCAUUUGAGUCUGAAAAGGACAGCUUUGUUCUAAGUCCUGUGACGGACAGGCGUGUGUAAAUAAAAUCAACAGUACCAAACCAAAGAUAUUAAUCAGUUUUUUUUAAAGCAAUCAAUUUAGUGUAAUCUUGAUGACUAACUUUUGAUAUUGACAAUCUGAGGUACAAAUUGUGUAAUUUCACUUCAUUGUGUGGGGUGAAAAAUGGGAGCUUGUCUAAGGUAGUAACGCAAACUGUCCACAUUACAUUUAGGGAAAUGUGUGCGCAGUGGUCUAAGGCACUGCAUCGCAGUACUAGCUGUGCCACUAGAGAUCCUGGUUCGAAUCCAGACUCUGUCGUAGCCGGCCGUGACCCGGGAGACCCGUGGGGCGGCGUAGCCGGCCGUGACCCGGGAGACCCAUGGGGCGGCGCACAAUUGGCCCUGCUAGUACUGCGAAAUUAGCGCAUUCUAAAAUGUAAUAUGGCAAAAAAUAAUUCAGCAUGUCAAUUUUGGAUGAUGGCAUAUGUUGGUCAUUCCCAAACUAUAGCAACAAUUACAUCUUUCUUACUAAUUUAACCAGUUAGUUUAAAAAUGAUCUCAAACACAAUUUAACUGGAGGAUGCAGACUGGAGCUUCGUUAGUGUCUGUGAGCUGCCUGAACGCGUACCGUCCCUACCGGAAGAAUAAGGUCCUAGACGAGUCAUGCUUUUUGGAGGUUUCUUUCUGCUUUCUUCCAACCAUGUCACUGGCAACAGUGUUUCCAAGAAAGUGGGGCUUGUUCCUGGAAUGAGGGAGGCUGUCUAGAAAAAAAACUUGUUCUCCAUUCAGUAGCCAGGCACGUAGCAGGGCAAAACGUUUUGAAACGGGUGCUUCCUGAACCCAUUCUUCCCCCCCCCCCCCCCCUUCUCAACACCUUGUACCUGCUGAAUACGACCUUUCAGAAGGGGAGUAGUCUUGGCUACAUUUGGUGCUGUGGACCAGUAUGAACCAACUAAUAUGGACUCCAGUCUGUUAGCUUUGGUUCAUUUACCGACUUCACACUGCUGGUAGAAUAUGCACUGAUUUAGUCAUUGUGGUUGUGUUCGUUGUUGUAGUAAAGGCUGUGAGAAGCAAUGCAUUUAUCAUGCAAGAGCAAAAUGGCAUCCUGAUGUUAUACUUUUGUGUGAUUAGUUUUACUAAAGGAUCAGUCCUAUUCCACUGACGGUACUGCACUGGCAUAACUAGGCCCCAUGUGCUUUAGAUAAGUAAAGGAAUGCAACGCAUUACAAUGUUCAACUUCUCACAGAGUAUGGUAUGACUUUUAUUGAUCCCAACAUGAUGAGAUGUAUAAAAUGAUUUCCCAUCAAUAAAUUACAAGUACAAUACGUGUGUCAAAGACAUGAUAAAGCACUGUGGCACUCAUAAAAGGUCUGAUUCAAAGGAAAUGUAAAGCCCCACCGAUGUCUUUAUUUGGGUCUGACACCGAUAUCUGCUGAUGGACUGUUUUACAGCGGGGAAAUGAGUUUCCACACUGAAUUCUCAUAAAUUGCCAUCCAAAAGAGUAACUGUCCGAUAACUAUGCUUCAAAUGUUGAUUUUUGAGAAUAGCUGCAAGUGUUCAGCAUGAGAUUAGCUUAUUUUCAUCCUAUUUGAGUAUCGGUGGAGUUAUUGGCCGAUACGAUGUAUAGCGUUUUUAAAAGGCUAAUAUCCUCCGACAACAUGGGUGAAUGGAUAUAACGGCAACAUGGGUGGAUGGAUAUAACGGUAACAUGGGUGGAUGGAUAUAACGGUAACAUGGGUGGAUGGAUAUAACGGUAACAUGGGUGGAUGGAUAUAACGGUAACAUGGGUGGAUGGAUAUAACGGUAACAUGGGUGGAUGGAUGUAACGGUAACAUGGGUGGAUGGAUAUAACGGUAACAUGGGUGGAUGGAUGUAACGGUAACAUGGGUGGAUGGAUGUAACGGCGACAUGGGUGGAUGGAUAUAACGGUAACAUGGGUGGAUGUAACGGUAACAUGGGUGGAUGGAUGUAACGGUAACAUGGGUGGAUGGAUGUAACGGUAACAUGGGUGGAUGGAUAUAACGGUAACAUGGGUGGAUGGAUGUAACGGUAACAUGGGUGGAUGGAUGUAACGGUAACAUGGGUGGAUGGAUAUAACGGUAACAUGGGUGGAUGGAUGUAACGGUAACAUGGGUGGAUGUAACGGUAACAUGGAUGGAUAUAACGGUAACAUGGGUGGAUGGAUGUAACGGUAACAUGGGUGGAUGGAUAUAACGGUAACAUGGGUGGAUGUAACGGUAACAUGGGUGGAUGUAACGGUAACAUGGGUGAAUGUAACGGUUGGGCUCUAAAGGAGAAAUGCUGUCUAUCCUAAUGUUCACCUUUUUGCUUUGACGAUCACCGUAAGGAUGGAGACUUUAAUUCGCCGCUGCCCGUUCCUGUCCCGCGUGCCGCAGUCCUUCCUCCAGCAGGCCCGGAAAUCCCUGGUGGUCUACGCCCAGAAAUGUCCUGUGAUGAUGGACCUGGCCUCCAAGCCGCUGGCCCGUUCCCUCUGCUCCUCCUCUGCUAGCUUCCAGAAGGACACCGGGACUUCAGCCCAGACACCUGGUGAGUGGAGGGAUAUCAUUUUAUACUGAUCACAUGAUCAGGAAAAACUCUUGCCCUGAGACAUGGCUGGUUUUUAAUUCUAUGGCGUUGCAACAGUCUGUGGCAUACAGCCACGUCUUAGGGGCAAGGAAAACUCUCGAAUCAAAUUACCAACUCCAUCAAGCGUUGAUUAUUUGAAUCAGCUGUGUAGUGCUAGGGUGGAAACCACAACGUGCUCUCAGGCGGGGGGCGGGGGGCCCAGGACAGAGUACGUUAAACCCUGUGCUAGUGUAUGGUGUAGUUUUAAAGCUAUGUGUGUUGCUCUUAGUCUACUAACCCGAGUAUCUUCUGUCCUUUUUAAGGCGCCAAUGGGGGCACCACCACCAAGCUGCCUCAGGUCCACCCCCACCCCAUGCCCCCCACUGGCCAGGCCUCGGGGGCCUCCAAGUGCCCCUUCCUGGCGGCUGAGAUGGGCCAGAAGAACAGCGGUGUGGUGCGCCAGGCCAGCAUCCAGCUGCAGGAGGACGUGCAGGAGGUUCGCACCGUCCAGAAAGGUACACAAGGGGUUAAACCACCUGGAGUUGUAUUCCUUUUUGCUACUAAUACAGAGAUAUCGUAGGCUUUAUUACAGGUUAGGGUUCAGUUAAACAUCUACUUUAUUAUUCACAGGUAACAAUAGUCUUAAUAACCUGAAGGCUGUUAUGAUUUGACUAAAACAGAUGUAAGCCAUACUAUAUAAAUACUGUACAUGUUUUCCAGAAUGUUCUUCCUCAUCGGGGAUCAUCUGCCUGUUAGACUAUGACAUUACUGUUCAGCCCAUAGCAAUAGUUAAAAUAUGGAGUUAAUUUAUAUAUAUAUAUAUAUAUAUAUAUAUAUAUAUAUAUAUAUAUAUAUAUAUAUAUAUAUAUAUAUACAAAAGUAUGUGGACACCCCUUCAAAUUAGUGGAUUCGGCUAUUUCUGUCACACGUUGCUGACAGGUGUAUAAAAUCGAGCACACAGCCAUGCAAUCUCCAUAGACUAUCAUUGGCAGUAGAAUGGCCCGUACUGAAGAGCUCAGUGACUUUCAACGUGGCACCGUCAUAGGAUGCCACCUUUCCAACAAGUCAGUUCGUCAAAUUUCUGCCCGAGCAGGUGCAGGUGUCCAUGUUGACGAGCAGGUGUCCACAUACUUUUGGUCAUGUAGGUUUCAUCUCUGGUCCAGCCAUGACCUGUCUGUGUGUCCAGAUAGAAAUAAUACAGCAUAUGUCUAUUAUCCAGCCGUCACUAAUCACCAGAUGUGACCCCUCAGCCCAGGUCCUGGCCUCCUCCUCCUCGAAGUCUGGAGGUGUUGACCGGACCAAUCUGAUGAAGAGGCUGCUGAAGCAACGUCCAAUCAGGGUGUCCCACCUACUGCAGGAGAACAUGCCCAGCUGUGAGUCACAUGACCAGACUGUUCAAACCAAACUUUAUUGUCCCUGAUUUUUUUUUUAAAUUAGUGUUCCAUUCAAACCAAACUUGAUUGUCGCUGUAGGGAAAUGAUGGUAAUUAUGAGCCGGCUAGUUAGCGAACGUUAGCUAACAAGCUAAUGUUAGCUAACAAACCACAUCUUUGUCUCUAGAAAAAAAUUGAGCAUGUAAUGUUGGUAUUUAGACCAGGCUGAUGAGAUGUCAUGCAGACUGCAGUUUUUGUGGUUAUACUUUUUCAUGACGACAAGUUUAAUGUCGGACAACAACAAUGGAAUGUUAAUUAUUUUAAUUAGUGCCAAAGCCUGUAAGGUGAAAGGUGAUGUUUAUACUGGGGGGUUGGCAGGACUUUUAAAUACUUUACCGCAAUCACGGCUAGGUCGGUUGGCGGAAAUUAAAGUACAGGCUUUGUCGUCGGCAAUCCUUGCAGAUAUAAAGAAAAGUCUGCGACAAGUUGGCUGAAGUCGUUACUUAAGGGGAUGUUCCCUUGUCUUGUCUUUUUGUAUUUUAUUGAAACAGGACAACUAAAUGUCAUCUUUACCUCCUUGUCUUGUAAUCAUGUUUCCUUCCUCUCUCGGUCUCACUGCAGUCUCUCACUUCCACUACGAUGAGUUCUUUGAGAGGAAGAUUGAGGAGAAGAAGAGCGACCACACGUACCGUGUCUUUAAGACGGUAAACCGACGGGCCACCGACUUCCCCAUGGGUGACGACUACACCGAUUCCCUUAGCGACAGGAGAGACGUGUCCGUGUGGUGCUCAAUGACUACCUGGGCUAACAAACCACAGUCGUCAACUCAUCACGAAUAAACGUGAGCAGUGGAAGUGAUUGAUUGAUUGGAUGGUAAUGAGACUGACAGACGUGGUUGAUGGGUCAAUGCAGACUGACACAGUGUUUGUGGGUAAUGAACUACAACGUGUUGAUGUAAUGAGACUGAACAAGUGGUUAUAAUGAAGACUGAACAACAUGGGUGAGGGUUAAUAAGACUAACAGCCAAUGGGUGAGGUAAAUGAGAUCUGACAACGAUGGGUUGUGGAUGGUGGGUAAAUGAAGAGCUGAACAGACAGGUGGGUUGAUGGAUGGGUGGGUAAAUGAAGAGCUGAACAGACAGGUGGGUUGAUGGAUGGGUGGUAAUGAAUCUGAACAGACAGUGGUUAUGAUGGUGGUAAAUGAAGAGCUGAACAGACAGGUUGGGUUGAAUGGUUAAAUGAAGAGCUGAACAACUGGUGGGUUUGUAUGUGGUAAUGAAGAGCGAACAGACAGGUGUUAUGGUAAUGAAAGCUGACAACAGGUGGUUGAUUGGUAAAUGAAGAGCUACAGACAGGUGGUUAUGGGUACAUGAGAUCUGUAACAGAAGAGGGUUGAGGAUGGGUGGUAAUGAAGAGCUGAACAACGAUGGUUGAUGGUAAAUGAAGACUAAACAGACAGACGUUGAUGUGGGUGGUAAUGAAGCUGAACAACAGAUGGGUUGAUGUAAAUGAAAGCUGAACAGACAGAGGGGUUGUGGAUGGUGGUAAUGAACUGACGACAGUGGGUGAUGGAUGGGGUAAUGAGACUGAACACAGGGGUUGUGAUGGUGGUAACAUGAAGCUAACAGACAGGUGUUGAAUGGUAAUGGAAGCUGAACAGACAGGUGGGUUGAUGGGUAAAUGAAGAGCUGAACAGACAGGUGGGUUGAUGGGUAAAUGAAGAGCUGAACAGACAGGUGGGUUGUGUUUAAUAAGGCACACUGUAGAAGAACACAUUUGAAACCCAACAUCCCCCCCCCCCCAGAUAGUAGUAGGCUACCUCCAAAUUUCAUUCCAUUUCAAAACAUAAAAUAUUUUCUUGUUGCCUACUGAACACAUCCAAAGGAAAGAUCAAUAGGCUUAAUUGAUCCCUGUGGAGAGGUGACCAAACAAACCAUGUUGGUUUCACUGCUCCCCCGAAGGACCAAUUUAACUAUCCCUUGAGCUAUAUGUAGAUCCCCCCACAAAGGCCUGUCCGGUAAUGAUCCAGUGAAGGUGUGGGCGUGUUAAUUGGCCUGUUUACCUGGUGUUGUUUCCAGGGAGACGUUGCGUAAGCACGGCAGCGGGGCUGGAGGAACCAGGAACAUCUCUGGGACCAGUAAGUUCCACGUGGAACUGGAGCAGGAACUGGCAGACCUCCACAGGAAGGACGCUGCGCUACUCUUCACUUCCUGCUUCGUAGCCAAUGACUCCACCCUGUUCACCCUGGCCAAGAUGAUGCCUGGUAACCAUGUCACAUUACUCACCUGAUUUUUUUAUUUUAUUUUUAGUACCAUAAACUGUACUUCCAGGUAGCAAUGGGCGAGUUCUUUUUUGCAUUGCCACAGAUGUGCAGAGUUUGCACAUUUUUUGAGUGAAUCUGGUUCAUGGCACUAAACGGCCUGUCUUAUUCUUCUCUAUAGGCUGUGAGAUCUACUCUGAUGCAGGGAACCACGCCUCCAUGAUCCAGGGCAUCAGGAACAGCGGAGCCAAGAAGUUCGUCUUCCGUCACAAUGACCCCAACCAUUUGAGAGAUCUGCUGCUGAAGUCAGACCCCUCCUCUCCAAAGAUCGUGGCCUUCGAGACGGUCCACUCCAUGGAUGGUGAGUGGAGUUCUUGGAAUGCAUCCCAAAUGGCUACCCUAUUCCCUGUAUAGUGCACUACUUUUGACCAGGGCGGCAGGGCCCAUAGGUCUCUGGUCAAAAGUAGUGCACUAUACAGGGUUCCAUUUGGUGUUUGUUACUUGAUGUGGUAGAUAUUAAAGCUGAAGCUUUUUUUUUUUUUUUGGUUUUGUACGCUGAAAAUACAAUAUGUUUGGAUAUGGAAAAUAUAUUUCACAGCGGUUUAGAUGGUACAAUGAUUCUCUACACCAGGGUUCUUCAAUUCCGGUCCUGGAGGGCCGAAACACCUCUGUUUUUCAUCCUCUCCUUCUAAUCAGGGGCUAAUUCAGACCCGGGACACCAGGUGAGUGCAAUUAACUACCAGGUAGAAAUAAAAAUAAAAAGUGUUUCGGCCCUCCAGGACCGGAAUUGAAGAACCCUGCUCUACACUGAGUGCUUGUUUUGUCACACAAACUGAAAUUAGGUGAACUAUUAGAAUUUUUGCAACCAGGAAAUGGUGGUGUGAUUUCUGUGUAGUUCAUCUUUUUAAUUAUUUUAAAGGGGGGGGGGGGGGGGGGAAAUGCACUGACUGACUAAAACUAUAAUCAUAUUGUCCAGAGUUUGUCGACAGAUAAUAACUAAAGAAGGUUGAAAUGACUAAAAUGUGCCAAAGACUAAUCUAUUUUAGGACUAAAACUACCUCUAAAAUAGCUUCCAAAAUUAACACUGUACUGUUCAUAUAAUGCCUUUUUAGAUAAUGUUUAUAUAAUGUGCUUCUAUACUGUCAACCUCUAUGAAACUGAUUUUAUGAUAUUAACCGUUCGUCUCUUAAAGGAGCGGUGUGUUUAAAAUGCCUCCUACUGAAAUGGUUAUAUAAUACUGUUUAUCUUGUCUUAAAGGAGCGGUGUGUCCUCUGGAUGAGAUGUGUGACGUGGCCCAUGAGUUUGGAGCCAUCACGUUUGUAGACGAGGUGCAUGCGGUGGGGCUGUACGGCGCCAGAGGAGGAGGUAUCGGAGACCGGGACGGCAUCAUGCACAAGAUGGACAUCAUCUCUGGGACGCUGGGUCAGUACUUCACUUUACAAAUCAGGGAUGUGAUUCGUCCUGGAAAAAUUAGGAAUUCCUGCUUUAUCCUCCAUUCAGUUCUAAUUGAAACGGCCCCAUCUCCUAGACAAUUUACAGAUGUUCUAUGUUCCAGUCACAUCCCUGAAGCAGUCCUUGUUUGUCUGAAACCCUGAGACGAACCAGAUGUCUGGUCGCUAACGCGGGUGGUUGAGGUUGUUGCUUAAUGCUCCUUGGGACACUGGAGAAACAGGAACUAGGAUCUGUUUACGACCUGUUGCUAGGAGACCGCAGUCUCUUAUUACAUUUCCUCUAAGCCUGGGGACUGCUGGGAGACCAAUCAUCACACACUGGGACAAUCAGGAGAGGUGCUUUGUCUGUUUUUGUUGGAAUACAAGCGAGUCAAGAUGACACAACAUCCUGGUGAACACCGUUCUAAAGGAGUAGAAACAGUCUUUUUUUUUUUUUUACAUCCAAUAACACGUCAUUCUCUAGUAGUCUGAGGGAAAAAAAAUUUUUUAUUUAUUUUAUUUGUCCUUUUGUCCUAAUUUUAGUGUUUUAAUUAAUUGUAUUUUCUUCCAGGCAAGGCGUUUGGUUGUGUAGGAGGCUACAUCGCCAGUACCGACGCCCUGGUGGACACGGUGCGUAGCUACGCUGCAGGCUUCAUAUUCACCACGUCUCUUCCCCCCAUGCUGCUGGCCGGGGCCCGCGAGUCCAUCCAGAUCCUUAAAGGGGAGGAGGGCCGCGCCCUCCGGAGGAAACACCAACGCAACGUCAAGCUGCUGAGACAGAUGCUCAUGGACUCUGGACUGCCCCUCGUCCACUGCCCCUCUCACAUCAUCCCUGUCAGGGUGAGAAUCAGUACAACUUACGGCUCAAUUUUCAAUCCGUGUUGCCUGAAGUUCAGCACUACAGCGUGAAUUAAGUGUAAAGGUCAAGUAAGGUAAAGGUUAAGUGUAAAGGUCAUGUUCCUGUGUAAAGGUCAUGUUCCUGUGUUAGCAGAGACAGCGUUCACGGUAAACGCUGCAUAUGUCAGCUCAAUCAGAAAUUACCUUUUUUAAAUGUCAAGUGCGCUGAACGAAUAGAAUCAAUCCCUUUUAAUCUUCCAAAAUGAAUUGGAAAUGUGUCUUAUGUUAGUCCCAAUCCUCCAGACACCACACACACACACGGAGUGUACAAAACAUUAAGAACACCUGCUCUUUUCAAUGACAGACUGACCAGGUGAAAGCUAUGAUCCCUUAUUGAGGUCACCUGUUAAAUCCACUUCAAUCAGUGUAGAUGAAAGGGAGGAGACAGGUUAAAGAAAGGAUUUUUAAUUCUUGAGACAUGGAUUGUGUAUGUGUGCCAUUCAGAGGGUGAAUGGGCAAGACAAAAUAUUUCAGUGCCUUUGAACGGAGUAUGGUAGUAGGUGCCAGGCACACCGGUUCGUGUCAAGAACUGCAACGCUGCUGGGUUUUUCACGCUCAACAGUUUCCCGUGUGUAUCAAGAAUGGUCCACCACCCAAAGGACAUCCAGCCAACUUGACACAACUCUGGGAAGCUUUGGAGUCAACAUGGGCCAGCAUCCCUGUGGAACUUUUGACACCUUGUAGAGUCCAUGUCCCCGAAGAGCUGAGGCUGUUCUGAGGGCAAAAUGGGGUGGUGGGGAGGUACAACUCAGUAUUAGGAAGGUGUUCUUUAGUGUUUUAUUAUUGAUCAGCAUUGUUAAUAUUGGUAUUUUAUUAGGAUCCCCAUUAGCUGUUGCCACCCUAUUGAUAGACAUCAACAUUGUCACUGUGGACAUACUCAGCAUGGUCUUACUUGGAUGGGUUGAUUUGAAUGUGAUUUUGACGUGGCCUGCAGGUGUCUGAUGCGGAGAAGAACACUGAGGUCUCUGACGUCAUGAUGAGCCGUUACAACAUUUACGUCCAGGCCAUCAACUACCCCACGGUCGCCAGAGGGGAGGAGCUUCUACGCAUCGCCCCCACGCCGCACCACACCCCCCAGAUGAUGACAUACUUUGUCGGUAAGCGACAUGUUUGGUCUAGCUGGCAGGAAACGGGAAACUGAUCAAAUGGUUUAUCUCAAUCGUUUUGUUGUUGUUGUAAAGCUCUUGUCGUGUUCAGUGCUUGGCACAAAAACUGAAGGAAAUGUUUUGAGGGGUCAAUGGUUUAACUCAGAGUUUCUCAAGAUAUACAACUGAAGUAUACUUCUGUGGCUGGACAAAUAUUUGGGUGACCCAGCGAAGAUCCCGGUAGUAGAUUACUAACUCAAUUUAUUUGUUUGUAAACCUUUUUUUUUUUUGCUGGUUUUCAGUAAGCAUGUAACUUCAGGAAAUAUACUGAAACGGCCAAGUACGUCCUCUAAAACAAUAUUUCCCCUCUUCAGAGAAGCUGGUUCAGACGUGGAAGGAGUUCGGUCUACCUCUGAAGCCCCGUUCUUCAGCAGAGUGUAACUUCUGCCAGCAGCCGCUGCACUUGGAGCUGAUGACCGAGAGAGAAAAGUCUUACUUCAGAGGCCUGAGCCACCCCAUCUCAGCUCACGCAUGACGACACUACAGAAUACACUCAACCCAUUCCUUUCACUGGUACCUUUUUAUUCCCUAAUAUAGUGCGAUACUUUUCACUAGGGCCCCAUAGUGCUCUCGUCAAAAGUAGUGCACUACACCGGGAAUAGGGUACCGUUUGUGACAUCCAUAGAAUGUAUAUCUAUAUUGUAUUUUAUAAGUGUCAUAACUUUAUUUCUGGGUAUUCCAUGGGCACCCGAUUGUCUAA